AUGCGCGGCAGUGGCUUGAGUCUCGAGCGGUUCAUCAAGGGCAAGUCCCAGCGGACCAAGAGCGAUGCCAAGAGCAAGAAGAAGGUCAUCAUCCACAAGGCACAGCGUCAGCGCGAGUAUGCAAAGGUGAAGAAGCGCGAAGGCAGCGCGUUGGCUGGAGAUAGCGCGGCCGGCUCGUCGUUCUACGACAGGUUCUUUAGCGAGCUCCAGAGCGGUGGUGCGGACGGGGACGACGUAGAGGGAAAAGAGGUGGAGGAGGUGGAAGCUCCGCGCGUCGAUAGGCAGCAGCAGCAACAGGACCGAGACGCGAAGAAGCACACGGCAAGACCCGACCCUUUCUUCAAAGCCAAGAAGAAGGCGGCGAUCACAAAGACCGAGCAGCGCCACGCUCGCGAAGAGAAGCAGAAGCGGACAGCAGCUGCUGAGAAGAAGAUCGUGCAGCGCAAAAAGCGCCACGUGAAGCUGAGUCAGCGCACGGCAACGGGGCAACCUAUCGUGAAGAACCACAUCAACGACAUUUUGUCCCGGCUGCAAGCGGAGAAAAGAGGGGCAGCGAGCAGUAAGGCGGGGCAGGGAGAGUGA